CCUACAGUUGUCCAAUAUCCUGACCAACGAGCUGGGCAGCCGAUCGAUUCAACCAAGGAAUUGAGCAACACAACCUAUCAUGCCCAACUUGACGGACCAGGUGCAGAUAAUGUAUAUGCUCCGUUUGCUUCGAAGCUUGAUUGGGAGGUGGCCCGAUGGGCGAAAUUACGAGGUUCGAGUUCAACUGCGUUCUCAGAGCUCGUUUCCAUCGAGGGUCUCGGUGACAAAAUUGGCCUCUCCUUCAAGAAUGCACGCGAACUAAACAAGAUCAUUGAUGACGAACUUCCGGGCCGUCCAAGAUUCAGACGAGAACAGAUUGUAGUGGCUGAUGAAGCAUUCGAUGUCUAUUAUCGAGAUAUCAUCGCGUGUAUUCAAGCUCUCUUUGGUGACUCGAAAUUCGCCGACUUUCUCACCUUCGCACCCGAGCGCCAUUACGCUGACGGAGAUGAAACAAUUCGUUUAUAUCAUGAGAUGCAUACGGGGAAAUGGUGGUGGAAUUCUCAGAAACACCUAGACCGCAUGCUUCCUGGCGCGACAAUAAUUCCUGUCAUCAUCUCAUCGGACAAGACGCAGGUCACGAUGUUUCGCAACAAGACGACGUACCCAGUAUACAUGACGAUUGGCAACAUUCCGAAAGAGAUACAUCGAAAACCCUCACGUCAUGCUCACGUCCUCCUCGCAUACCUCCCAACCACCCGUCUUGAACAUGUAAUGAACAAAGCCUCUCGCCGCCGCAUGCUUGCCAACCUUUACCAUGCUUGUGUGGGGCGUGUACUUGCUCCACUUGCAGCUGCAGGCAUCGAUGGAAUCAACAUGCGAAGUGGCAAUGGGGCUAUGCAUAGAACCCAUCCCCUGUUUGCGUGCUUUGUGGGAGAUUAUCCCGAGCAAGUGUUAGCGACUGCAGUCAAGACUACUCAAUGUCCGAGCUGUGACGUUCCGUCAGCAGAGCUUGGUCUGGCAGCUGGCGCUGCAAACUACCAACCACGAAACUUGGAUGCAGUCCUUGAUGCCCUCCGUGCUCUUGACGAAGGUGGAUUGGCCUUUGUUCGUGCAUGUACCGACGCCGGCAUCAAGCCGAUUGUUCACCCAUUCUGGGAGGGACUGCCAUUUGUCAACAUAUUCGAAUCUAUCACCCCCGAUAUCCUACAUCAGCUGUACCAAGGACUCGUGAAACAUCUUCUCGCUUGGCUUUCUGAUGCAUGUGGUGGUGCGGAGAUUGACGCACGAUGUCGACGCCUACCCCCAAAUCACCACAUCCGACUUUUUAUGAAGGGUAUCACACCUAUACUUCCCAUAUUUCCUUCUUACCUUCUCCACUGCAUCCAGCGCCCCAGGGAUCUCAUUAUCUGGUCGGAAAUAUGUCAAAUAAUAAUUAGAACAUAUUUCUCGUACGGCACAACGGAUAAUUACAAUACCGAAUACACGGAACACCUUCACAUCGACCUCGCUAAAGAUGCGUAUCGUUCGACAAACCACAAGAAUGAGUUUGCGCAAAUGACAACCUGGCUUGAACGGAGGGAGAAAAUACUACGCCACGAGACAUAUAUUCAAUGGAGACUCAUUGCAGGCACUGCGCAUCACCCAGGUCGUCAGCCUCAUCCUCCAGAGAUGUCAUUUCUUUGUACUCAGACAAUGUCAAAGCAUCCGAGCAUCAAGGCAGUCACAUUGGACAAGGUUGUGAACGAAUAUGGCGCCACAUAUUUUCGUGAAUCUCUCGCACACUACGUUGUGAAAGCCACCCUUCCUACAAACACUACUAUUAGGCCUAGGCAGCUCGAAGAUCAAGCUGCUGACAUAUACAUCCCAUUUCGAACCCUGCCCGUCUUUCACAAGGUGAAGUGGGUGUCAGUUGAUGUUCGUGGCCAGGGUGAUCCCCCAGCCACAGUUGAUAGUGUACAUGCACGUCCUGGACGUUCGAGACCAUUUGCAUCGGACAGUGUCGCAUCUCGUUUCGAUACUGCAUUUGUUAAUGAUGGCACAGGUGGGACACUUGGUAUCAAAGGAUAUCGAAUUGGACAAGUCCGUUUGAUCUUCUCGAUCCCUCCCAAAGCUAUCCCUAUACUCUUUCCAUCAAAUUUCCGACCUCCAAAGCACCUUGCCUACGUGGAAUGGUUCUCCGCUUUCCAGGCACCUGAUCGCAAUCAUGGCUUGCGCAAAGUCUCACGCACCAUCAAAAACGGAGAACGAAUAGCUAGCAUUGUUCCAAUCAGCAACAUUCAUCGCAGUGCACAUCUAAUUCCACAUUUUGGCCCCAUUGCCCCCCGUGAAUGGAGUUCUACUAAUGUUCUCGACGAGCAUCAGUAA